AUGGUUAAACCGGCUACUAUUCAUACAGUUCUCAGCUUGGCUUUGUCUCAUUAUCGGCCUAUUCACCAACUUGGUGUUAAAAAUGCGUUUUUGCAUGGUGGUCUGAAAGAGACUAUGUAUAUGUAUCAGCAUUUGGGGUACCGUGAUCAUCGACCCACUCAUGUUUGCUUGUUGAAGAAGUCUCUUUAUGGCACCUCUGCGGCGUAUCCUUUAUCAUACAUUGAUGAUAUUAUCUUGACUGCCUCAUUUGAUGUUGUUCGCAAGUCUAUUAUUUCUCUUCUCAGUACAGAAUUUGCUAUGAAGGACUUGGGACCAUUGAGCUAUUUUUUGGGCAUUGUUGUAACCCGUCAUGCAGGUGGUCUCUUUUUAUCUCAGCGAAAAUAUGCCACUGAAAUCAUUGAUCGUGCUGGCAUGUCCUCUUGUAAGCCAUCUUCUACAGCAGUUGACAUCACUAAACCAAAGCUCAGUGUUGAGUCCAGUCCCCCCUAUGUUGAUCCAUCUCACUAUCGGAGUCUUGCAGGGGCCCUUCAAUAUCUUAAUUUCACCAGACCAGACAUUGCUAAUGUCGUGCAACAAUUUUGUUUAUUUAUGCAUGAUCCUUGA